AUGAAGCAGAAAGACUUGUCAGUGUCAGGGCACCAGGCUCAUUGGCUCGAGAAGAUUUCGGAGUUUGACUUCAAGAUUGAAUAUGUUCCUGGGGUUGAGAACGUUCUAGCAGAUGCCUUGUCUCGCAUUUGUUCGAAUGACAGCCUGGGCACAGUUUGGGCAGCAUCUGAGUAUAUGCAGUAUGAUGACAGUGAGGAUCUGCCUUGUCUUUUGGUGAGCUGCAUUGUCUCCAUGCCUGUGUACAUGGAGAUGGAGGUGAUGGUGGCU